AAGAAAAAAAAAUCGACCCAGGGUUUGAUUGAUUGCCAUCCUCAUAUUCACAUUCACACUCACACCCACGCCCUAUCCGUCUCAGUCUGCAUCACUUUGUGGGUCUCCCUGGAUUGCAUCCACCCCUUCCUAAGCGGUGUUCAUCUCGACUCUCUCUAUCAGCAACCAUGGCAACCACAUCGCUGACGGCUAUUCCAUCCACCCAGCCCAGCUGUGGUCCCAUCUCUGUACUGCAGCCCAUUCCCCAUUGUCCAUCCACCAACGCAACCAGCGAUCCCCUGGGUUGCUUCAUUCAACCAACAGGUCUCUUCUGCGCACCGCUCUCGACCACCCGUGGCUUCCGCUACAGCCUCGAACCCUUCUCUCGACAGAGCAACAGUACCGGAAAUACCACCGCCGGCACUACUAAUAGCACCAGCAGUACAGGAGCGACACUUCCUCAUUUCAUCCUCUCGCUAUCCACUGCCACCAAUGACAAUACCACAAACCCAUCCCCGCCUCUUCUUGGCGUCGAUGGACAGCCUGUCAAUUACGAAGGACCCGCUCGACUUGGUCAGACCUGCAUUGGUAUACCCUUGCCAGCGACUACGGACCCGUUGUUCCAGACUCUAGUCUCGAUCGCCAACCAGCGAUUGAACGACACAACCGGCUUCCUCCCUGGUGUGGGCGCCGGACAGGAUGUGUUCAAGCUCCGAGGCGACUGUGAGCAAGGAUCCUAUUGUGACCCGACCGUUUCUAGCGCCGGCGCGGGCACAUGCAGGGAACAACUACCGAAUUUCCACAACUGCACAUCCUACAUGCAAUGUAUUUCUCAGCGUUGCGACGAGCCACCUGUGGAUAUCAAGAUCGUCCACCGGAGGAAGAGGAGCACUAGACAGUCUCUAUUGGAUAUUGUCCGACAAUUUCAGUCACAAGAACAUACAAUCGAGCGACGCGCCGAUGCGGGGUUCACUGUUUGCCUGCCUUCCAGAAUCGAGCGAGGCGGCGGUACUGGCUCAGGCGUAGACCCUGACGAAGGACAGGGAGCUGGAGGAUCACAGAAUGGUGGGAAAACAUCCCCAAAGUUUCCCGCCUGGAUGGGUGCGAUUAUCGCCAUGAUUGUUAUCCUUGGAGCCGCAUUUAUCUUUGGUCUGGCACGGCGGAGGAAAAAACUUAGGGACGAGGAGGAAAAAAAGAGGAAGAAGGGUGCGCGGGUUAUGAUGGGACGCGACCGGGAACGACACAUGGUUCUGUCGUCGAGUAUCCAGGACGAGAAGGACGAGAAGGACGAGUACCUAUACCAGAUGGGGCCUGAGUACCAUCAGCCAGGUCAGGACAUGCACCGACUUGGUUUUCUUGGUGCGCUGUUCAGCAAGCGGCGCAAGAGCAGCAACGAUGGCAGACGUACCGCUGCAGAGAGCUCCAAGUCUGUGGAUGCAAUGUCGACGAGAGAUGGCUCCAUUAUUUCGAUGGCCGAUCUCGAAACUCAGUCCCAUCAGGGUGAUGGUCACUCCUUCGAAGCCGCAUCCUUUCAUACCAACCAGGCUGUGUUUGCAGGUGCUCCUGGGAAAAUGACCUCGCCCUUUGAUCCCCCAGGUUCACCAUCGACUGAGCUAGAUCCCAAUGAUAUCUCUGCCGCUGCAGCAAGCAACUCGCUUAGCCCAGCCUCAAGGCUGUCUGUCGUUAUACCCAGAAUUACCACAGCGACUUCAGAGCCGCAGAUUCAAUCGCCUUCGACAUCAGAAUCGCCUACUUCGGCACCACCUUCAGGACAGAGUAGGUUCGAAGAAGGAGAAUCUCCUUUGCCGUCGUCAUCUACACAGAACCUACAGCAUCCAUCUGGCGGCGCGCUGGCGUCAUCCCGACCCAUAUCUGCAACUGGGUCGUCGCCAUCCUUGUUCGACUCUUCCUAUUCGCCCACAUAUCCACAUUCCCAUUCCCAUUCAGACACAUCAUCUACGCCCUCGAGAAGCAGCUCCGGGAAAGACUUUUUGUCGACACCAUCACAACCGAGUGCUUCGCAGCAUGGUUCGAAUUCCAUUAUCUCACCUGUCUCGCCCGUUUCUCCUAUCUCGCCAAGGAGGCCACCGUUGUCGAGUGGCCAGUCCUCAAGGCUUUCACAUCGACAGAGCAUUCAGCCUACUAUGCGGAAGUCGUAGUGUUGUUAAAUAUGUCAAAGAAGAAGAAUGA